UUUAUCAUUUUCCCCAUGUGUCUAUAAAGCAAAAGGUUCCCAGGCAAAGAGAGCUGAGGAAAGAAUGAGGGAGUAAGGAAACCUCCCCCACCCCUACCCCAAAAGAGAGAAACUGCUGCCAUGCUUCAUUUAGAAUCACAGUGACUACCGUUUGGAAACAGUUCAAAGCCUGCCAGCUCUGGCAUUAGUUAAUGCAGUUAUUGCUGUCCUAAGGUACAAAAGUGAUAUAGAAAUGUCAGUGCUCUGCUAGGUUGUGGAGUGUUGGUAGGAGGUUGAGGAAACACCAAAGCAACUCCCUGCUAGCUGUGGAGGGUCCUGUCCAUUAAGCAGUCUGAGCUCCAGAGAUGGCUGCAGCAGCAGUCGCUGGAAUUAUCCCUGUGCUUCACUCACUCGCUGGUGAUGAGACCAGCUAUUACAUCGGACGCAAGCUGUGGUUUGGCUUUUUAGGAUUAUACACAGUGGUGAUCUAUGUGGAACGUUUGCCCUGGAUCUCUCUGAAUAGUGACUUUCGGUGCCAUGGUAACAUCUCUGCCCCCUGCAUGGGAGAGUGUUUUGAGCAACAUUUCAACAAGCCUAUCAUUGGGACCUGGUACAUGUCUUGUUUCCUUUUCCUUUGUGUAUUUCUCCUGAUGGAAUUCUUUGUCUUUCAACUGAGGCACAAGCAAAUCAAAGUCAAAGCUGGACAGGAAAAAGAAGUUGAAGUGAGCUCAAUGGUAGGAGUCCAAGAAGAAAGCCAAAGCCAAAGGAGUGUUCCCGUUAUAGACUUUCACAUUCAGAAGUCACUUCUAAGCUUGUACCUUUUUAACUUCUUACUGCAGCUGGUUAUCCAGUCAGUGUUCCUGUCUAUUCUACUCAAUGAUCACCUGCCACGGGUCAAUAGCGCCUCCAUAUUAUGUAGCACCAAGCUCUGCCCAGGUCCUUACAACUGCCUGGUGAUGGGAUCAAUGGAAAAGAGGAUGUCGAUUUACACCCUGGCGACACUUGCUAUGCUUAUUAUUAUCUUUUGCAGUGCAAUUUUCAUAUAUAGUAUUCAUCAUUACCUGCUGAAAGGACUAGAGCAGCUGAGAGCUAGAGACUUAUGGCUAUGGGAAGUUUGAUACUGUAUUCAAAGCCACAGAAUGGAUAAACUUCCACAAGUUACUCCUGAAUUGUAGAGAGCACAUAAAAAGCUCUGACUUUUUACUUUUUCCUAUAAUUAUUUUUUCUGGUGUAGUGAUGCACAGAAAGUAUCUGUUUUUGAUGACAUGUCAUUGGGAGUCAUAUCUAUUCAUCAUCUCUUGCUAUUGAAUUACGUCACGUAAUAAAUUAUGAAAAUUG